UCAGCGAGACGACGCACAGCGGCGCGGCUCUCUCCGUUUCCUCCUCCUGCGCGCUCCCGACCUCACGCACGCAAGGCACACGCACGCGCGGAUCCCUUUUCCUCGCUCCUGCGCGUGCCCUGCGUUUCCCGUCCUUUUUCGCUCGGAUUUGACCCGCUUCGGCGCGUGAUGGACGACUGACGCGAACGCGCUUUUCGCACCAGCCCGCCAGCGUCUCGUGGAAUCUUCUUGUCUUGUCCGCCACCUUCUCCUCCAGCAUCUCUCCUACGCGCGCGCACGAGAGCCCCACAGCGCUUUUUUGUCUUGUGCGGACACGCGCGCGCGCCACCCACCCGAGGACUCACCCGCGCGGCCACGCUGCGUCAAGAAGAGAGAAAAAAACCAGAAGAAGGAGAAGGGGGGACUUGAAGCGGACCGAGGCAACAUCCGAGCGAGCGAGCGCAAACAUGAUGGCCGGCGGAGCAGUGCAGCAGAACGGCCUCUUCGCCACCCCGCACCACCACGGCCAGCAGCCGCCGCACAUGGAGGCCGACCCGCCGGACUCGCGCAAAAGACCCCUGGAGACCCCCACCGAGGCCAGCAGCACCAAGCGCACCAACACGGGAGUGGCCUUCCUGCAGCCCCUUUUUGAAAGCGAAGGCAUUGUUUUCCCACACCAAGACACUGAGAGCCAUGAGGAAGGCGAGUACUUCCUGAAGGUUCUGAUCCCCAGCUACGCGGCCGGCUCCAUCAUCGGCAAAGGCGGACAGACCAUCGUCCAGCUGCAGAAGGAGACCGGAGCCACCAUCAAACUGUCCAAAUCCAAAGACUUCUAUCCCGGCACCACCGAGCGGGUGUGUCUGGUUCAGGGCACGGUGGAGGCGCUCAACGGCGUCCACGACUUCAUCGCAGAGAAAGUACGAGAGAUGCCGCAAAGCAGCCAGAAGUCCGAACCCGUCAGCAUCCUGCAGCCGCAGACCACCGUCAACCCUGACCGCAUCAAACAGGCCAAGCUGAUCGUGCCCAACAGCACGGCGGGCCUGAUCAUCGGCAAGGGCGGCGCCACCGUCAAGGCGGUGAUGGAGCAGUCGGGCGCCUGGGUGCAGCUGUCGCAGAAGCCCGAAGGCAUCAACCUGCAGGAGCGCGUGGUCACCAUCAGCGGCGAGCCCGAGCAAAACCGCAAGGCGGUCGAGAUCAUCGUGCAGAAGAUCCAAGAGGACCCGCAGAGCUCGUCCUGCCUCAACAUCUCCUACUCCAACAUCACCGGGCCCGUGGCCAACUCCAACCCCACCGGCUCGCCGUACGCCAACUCGGCCGAGGUCAUGCCGGCGGCGGCGGCGGCGGCGGCGACCGCCUCUUCGCUCCUAGGCCAGGCGGGGCUGGCGGGGGUGGGCGCCUUCCCCACCACCGUGUCCAGCCUGUCGGGCAACGACCUGCUCACCAUCACGUCCGCCCUCAACACGCUGGCCAGCUACGGCUACAACACCAACUCUCUGGGGCUCGGGCUCAACCCGGCCGCCGCCUCGGGGGUACUCGCCGCCGUGGCCGCCAACGCCAACCCGGCCGCCGCCGCCGCCGCCAACUUGCUGGCAUCCUACGCCAGCGACGCGUCCACCAGCGCCGCCCACCAGGCGGCGGGGCUGGGCGGCUUCUCCUUGGGCUCGCUGGCCGCCGCCACCGGGGCCACCAACGGCUACCUGAGCGCCGCUUCGCCCCUGGUGGCGUCCUCGCUGCUGGCCACCGAGAAGCUAGCGGAGAGCGCCAAGGAGGUGGUGGAGAUCGCCGUGCCCGAGAACCUGGUGGGCGCCAUCCUGGGCAAGGGCGGCAAGACGCUAGUGGAGUAUCAGGAGCUGACGGGCGCCCGUAUCCAGAUCUCCAAGAAGGGCGAGUUCAUCCCGGGAACCCGGAACAGGAAGGUGACCAUCACCGGAUCGCAGGCGGCCACCCAAGCGGCGCAGUACCUGAUCAGCCAGAGGAUCACCUACGAGCAGGGGGUGCGUGCCACCAACCCCCAGAAGGUGGGCUAACCCACCGUGCCCACGAGGAAUCACGAGAGGGAAGAGGAGAGGAGAGCGUCCCCACCAUAUACCCCACCCACCCACCUCGGCAUCGUCUUCUCAGUAC